AUGGAGCGAAUCAAAACAUACGGUUUGCCGUCUGCCCCGAGAACGUCACCUCUGAUCUCUCAUUGUGGUAAUCGCACAUGUUAUAUGAUCAUGUAUGUCUCAUGGUCUAGCACUCCAGCGUCUACGGCAACAUGGGGAUUCCGUGCGCUGGUCGCCGAAUCUGGAAGUGUCAAAUGUCGCACUAUCCUGUCAAGAAACGUGGUCAACAAGGUUGUAUCUGCAAAGGAGAUCCGGCCCAUGUGUGGCUCCAGCUUCAAGGUGGUCUGUGUCUGCUACAAGGAGUACCGAACGGGAAGUUGCAUUUUGGGUCCACGUCGGGACGGCUCACAUGUCCGUUGUGAUGUGAUUCAUCCCCUGGUAUGGAGAUGCUCGGAUAUGAAGCACCUGGAAAGGAAAGCAUGGGAACCAGGCGGAGCGUCGAAGGGACAGCGUAUCGCACCAUUAUCGCACUUCAUUCAAAAAUUCAAAACAUGACCAUUCUCGGGGUAUCGUGAGAUAGCAUGCAUUUUAAUCAAUCUGAGAAAGCAUCGCAGUGAACGCUCCCAACCAUAAUCCCAUCCCGGUGCUUUUUAGCCCUUGAUGAGCAAAUCGCUCUGUAUAACACAAUGUUCGAAGAAGAAAUUUUCCAAUAACCAGUCCCAGCUCCAUAAAAGAGCAACAUAGCAGAGCCAUGUAGUGAGGGUGAGGAUCGCUGCAAUCAGCCUUCGACAGUGAAGUCAGAAGUAAAGCCGUGAGGCACACCGAUGCGAUCGAAAUGAUGCAGUGCUAGCAAGUGUUGCUAUUCGUGUUGUAGUCGCGGAAAGUCGCAGACAGAAAGCUUCCGUGACUGGGAAGAAGUCGCAAAUCGUGAGUAAUCGCGACUCAAAAGUCCAUAACUCGAUGGGUCUGAGCCAAUCACGGCUAUCCCUCAGAAGUAGCGGACAGGUGUGUGGACAGGCGGUGGCCCGUCACAAGCGGGUGUUGGUGGGACUGCCGAGGAAGCUGAAUCAUCUCGACCACCUUUCUAAGAUGGCUUGGUCAACUUCUCGGGGUCGGCACCACGACCGAUGAUCUCCUCGGUGAUCAGCUUGUCCUUCUCCAGGUACAGCAGCUUGUACGCGUGUCGAAUGGUGCUGUCGCUGACCUUGGCAACGGCCUGGAUCUCCUUCGGAUUCUUCGCUUGACCCAUGAGCUGACCAGCCAUGUAGAUACAGGCAGCAGCAGAGGACAGUGGCGAACGUCCAGCAAGG